GUGAGGCAGUUUUAUAGUUGCGCGCCUCAGACAUGGACGGGACAGAGAGGAGUCGGAAGAGCUGCGCUGAGACGGAUCAGGCGCGACAGCCCAUGAUGGAACUCAAUGGAAAGGAUAAGAGUGACUCGCCGUCAGAUAGAGUCACGCUUAAAAAAGAAAUCGGACUCCUCAGCGCGUGUGCCAUUAUUAUUGGUAACAUCAUUGGUUCGGGGAUAUUCAUCUCUCCUAAGGGUGUUUUGGAGCACGCUGGUUCGGUGGGUCUGUCCCUCAUCGUAUGGGUGUGCGGAGGGGGUAUCUGCGCCCUGGGGUCCAUGUGUUACGCUGAGCUGGGCGUCACCAUUCCCAAGUCAGGGGGAGACUACUCCUACGUCACAGAGAUAUUCGGAGGACUGGUGGGGUUCCUGCUUCUAUGGAGCGCGGUUCUCAUCAUGUACCCCACCACCCUGGCUGUCAUAGCUCUCACCUUCUCCAACUAUGUCCUGCAGCCGGCCUUCCAGAACUGUGUCCCUCCAUACUUGGCCACCAGGCUUCUCUCCACCAUCUGCAUAUUGUUCCUGACGUGGGUAAACUGUUCCAGCGUGCGCUGGGCCACCAGGAUCCAGGACGUGUUCACGGUGGCCAAGUUGCUGGCUCUGGGACUCAUCAUAGCUGUGGGACUGGUGCAGAUCUGCAGAGGUCACUAUGAUGCUCUGAGACCCAGUCAGGCGUUUGAGUUCACACGGGACCCGUCUGUCGGUCAGAUAGCUCUGGCUUUCCUCCAGGCCUCCUUCGCCUUCAGCGGCUGGAACUUCCUGAACUACGUCACUGAGGAGGUGGUCGAGCCACGCAAGAACCUGCCCCGGGCUAUCUACAUAUCCAUUCCCCUGGUGACGUUAGUCUACACUCUGACCAACAUUGCAUACUUCUCCUCCAUGACCCCCGAAGAGCUGUUGGCAUCCAACGCCGUGGCCGUGACAUUUGGUGAGAAGUUGCUGGGCGUUUUCUCCUGGGUGAUGCCCAUCUCUGUAGCUCUGUCUACAUUCGGAGGAAUCAACGGCUAUCUCUUCACUUCAUCCAGGUUGUGUUUCUCUGGAGCCAGAGAGGGUCACCUGCCUUACCUGUUGGCCAUGAUCCACCUGAAAAACUGCACCCCUAUUCCCGCUCUGCUAGUCUGUUGCGGAGCCACCAUUGUGAUCCUGUGUAUCGGAGAGACUCACAACCUGAUCAACUAUGUGUCGUUUAUUAACUUCCUGUCCUAUGGAGUGACCAUCGCUGGCCUGCUGUACUAUCGCUGGAAGAGACCCAACCUGCUACGACCCAUCAAGGUGAGUGUGUUGGUCCCUAUCAGUUACCUGGUGUUCUGGGCGGUGCUGCUGGGGUUCAGCCUGUACUCGGAGCCCGUGGUGUGUGGCAUGGGGAUCGUCAUCAUGCUCACCGGGGUACCCGUCUACUUCGUCGGAGUCCACUGGAAGAACAAGCCCAGAUGUGUCUACAGGGUCGUGGAGUGUGUGACCUACGUGGGUCAGAAGCUGUGUUUCGUGGUGUUCCCCCAAGAAGACCUGUCAGAGAUCACCCCCCUCACAGCCUCAGAUAAACACAUCGACUGAACGAGCUCCUCCUCACAGCCUCGGAUAAACACAACAACUGAACGAGCCCCCCCCCCACCUCACAGCCUCGGAUAAACACAAUGACUGAACGAGCGAACGAGCCCUCCCCCUCACAGCCUCGGAUAAACAAAAAAAAAUCAAAAAAAAAAAUGACUGAACGAGCGAACGAGCCCCCCCCCCCUCACAGCCUCGGAUAAACACAUCGACUGAACAAGCUCCUCCUCACAGCCUCGGAUAAACACAUCGACUGAAUGAGCCCCCCCUCACAGCCUCGGAUAAACACAUCGACUGAAUGAGCCCCCCCUCACAGCCUCGGAUAAACACAUCGACUGAACGAGCUCCUCCUCACAGCCUCGGAUAAACACAUCGACUGAACGAGCCCCCCCCUCACAGCCUCGGAUAAACACAAUGACUGAACGAGCCCCCCCUCACAGCCUCGGAUAAACACAUCGACUGAAUGAGCCCCCCCCUCACAGCCUCGGAUAAACACAUCGACUGAACGAGCCCCCCCUCCUCACAGCCUCGGAUAAACACAUCGACUGAACGAGCCCCCCCCUCACAGUCUCGGAUAAACACAUCAACUGAACGAGCCCCCCCUCCUCACAGCCUCGGAUAAACACAACAACUGAAGGAACCCCCCCCCCCCCUCACAGCCUCGGAUAAACACAAUGACUGAACUACCCCCCCCAUCACAGCCUCGGAUAAACACAAUGACUGAACGAGCCCCCCCCUAACAGCCUCGGAUAAACACAACAACUGAACGAGCCCCCCCCUCACAGCCUCGGAUAAACACAACAACUGAACACCUCUCUCCCUCUGUCCAUCUAACAGGGGCUGAGCUGCCAGAACGAACGCCCUGAUCCGCCCGCCUACCAGGGACUUGUUAAACCUCUUUCUGUCCGUUGCCUUCUCCUCCCUGAAUGCAUCCCAAAUGGCACCCUAUUCCCUUUAUAGUGCACUACUUUUGACCAAAGCACCAUGGGCCCUGGUGUAAAGUAGUGAACUACAUGGGGAAUAGAGUACUAUUUGGGCCACACUAGGCUCUCUCCUUAACAGUAAAGAGAGUUUCCAUCCUGGUACUUCUGAGAGGCUGCCUCAGGCUCUUCCAUCCUGGUACUUCUGAGAGGCUGCCUCAGGCUCUUCCAUCCUGGUACUUCUGAGAGGCUGCCUCAGGCUCUUCCAUCCGGGUACUUCUGAGAGGCUGCCUCAGGCUCUUCCAUCCUGGUACUUCUGAGAGGCUGCCUCAGGCUGUGUUUAGUGGGAGGGGCAUCAGGAUCAGUAAAGGUUGUAUUGGUCGAUACUCUGCCCCUUCUCUUCACUAGACAACCAAUGCCAAGACACCGUACUCAAGGAACUUUUGUUUUCUGAGAUAUUUGUUUUCUUUUUAGUAGUAUUUGUUUUUGAAAUGAGUCUAAACUUUGUCCAUUUUAUUGUGCCUUACAAGUGGGAUGAAUUGUAAUGUUUUUAAUGUUUUGUUUCUUUGAUGCGGCCUAUUGAUUUUGUGGUGAUAUUAAGUUUAAACUGUGUACUACUCCCUGAGGUACAGUAGUAUUUGCAGCGGUUUUCCUUUGGCUGCACUUCCCACUACUUCCUAUGACUUCCUGUUUUCCCUGUAGUGACUUCUAGAGUUUGGUGUUCAUGGGAUACGGUCUGACCUGAGAUACGGUCUGACCUGUAGUAACUUCUAGAGUUUGGUGUUAAUGAGAUACGGUCUGACCUGAGAUACGGUCUGACCUGUAGUAACCUCUAGAGUUUGUUGAUGAUGGGAUACGGUCUGACCUGUAGUAACCUCUAGAGUUUGGUGGUGAUGAGAUACGGUCUGACCUGAGAUACGGUCUGACCUGUAGUAACCUCUAGAGUUUGGUGUUAAUGAGAUACGGUCUGACCUGUAGUAACUUCUAGAGUUUGGUGCUAAUGAGAUACGGUCUGACCUGUAGUAACCUCUAGAGUUUGGUGUUAAUGAGAUACGGUCUGACCUGUAGUGACUUCUAGAGUUUGGUGUUAAUGAGAUACGGUCUGACCUGUAGUAACUUCUAGAGUUUGGUGUUAAUGAGAUACGGUCUGACCUGUAGUAACUUCUAGAGUUUGGUGGUGAUGAGAUACGGUCUGACCUGAGAUACGGUCUGACCUGUAGUAACUUCUAGAGUUUGGUGUUAAUGAGAUACGGUCUGACCUGAGAUACGGUCUGACCUGUAGUAACUUCUAGAGUUUGGUGUUAAUGAGAUACGGUCUGACCUGUAGUAACCUCUAGAGUUUGGUGGUGAUGAGAUACGGUCUGACCUGUAGUAACCUCUAGAGUUUGGUGGUGAUGAGAUACGGUCUGACCUGUAGUAACCUCU